UGGGCCGUAUGUACUUAAAAUUUCACACUUUUGCAAUUAAAAUUUAAAAACACAUCCAUUCAAAAUCCCUAAUCUAAAAAAAACUACGUAUCUUAUGUUAGCCAACAGCAACACAAGGAUGUCCCUCCGGCGAUUCACUCGGUUCUCUCAAAUCUGCCUUGGAUUUAUUUGAGAGCAAUAGUAGAGGACCUCUCACUCAAGAUACAAUGUCCAUGUAUAAUUUUGUCACCGUUACAAGACCACGUCGUGAUGUAAUUCAUAAUGAAGCUAGUGGGUCUCAUACUUUUAAACAACCUCGGAUUGGGGGGUCGUGUAAGCGAUACGACUUGCUUCGUGAAACACAUGCAGCUAAAGUUAAAGAGGGAAUUGAAAAGGGUGAAAUUCAGACAGGGCGAGGCAUGAACCUAGGAAUUGGUUUGAAGCGAAGUGGUGAAACUCGUUGGGGUUCACAUUAUGGCAGUCUGAUUAGUUUAGUUCAAAUGUAUUCCUCGGUGAUUGAUGUUCUUGAAGUUAUCAAAGAAGAUGGGGUGACUUCAGAUCAAAAGGGUGAGGCUAUGCGACAUUUAGACUCUAUACAAACUUUUGAUUUUGCAUUCUUUUUGCAUUUGAUGAAGACUGUCUUGGGAAUUACGAAUGAACUAUCUCAAGCAUUGCAAAGAAAGGAUCAAGAUAUCCUUAAUGCGAUGCAAUUGGUAUCUAUUGCGAAGGAACGCUUGCAAGAUAUGAGAGAUAAUGGAUGGGAUCCAUUAUUAGAGGAAGUGUAUGUGUUUUGCAGAGUUCAUGAUCUUGACAUUCCUAAUAUGGAAGACAAAUUUAUACCAAAAGGCAGGUCGCGACGCAAAGCUAAGGAUAUCAAAUAUUGGGAGCAUUAUCGGUAUGACUUGUUUUAUACAAUUGUGGAUAUGCAACUUCAAGAGCUUAAUUACCGUUUUAGUGAGUCCAACACUAAGUUGCUUCUUUGUUUGAGGUGUUUGAGUCCAUACAAGUCCUUUGAAGCAUUUGACAAGCUCAAGUUGAUUGAAUUUGCUACAUUUUACUCAAGUGAUUUCUCGAGCAUGGAGUUGGUAGUUCUUGAAAAUCAGUUGGAGACUUAUAUUAUUGAUAUGCAAAGUAAUGAUGAAUUUUCAGAGUUGAAAGGAAUUGCUUGCCUCGCAGAGAUGUUGGUGAAGACGGGGAAACAUCGUGUUUAUCAGUUAGUUUAUUUGCUUCUGAAGUUAGCACUGACAUUACCUGUUGCUACAGCCAAGGUUGAAAGAGCUUUUUCUGCGAUGAAAAUUGUGAAAACCGAGUUGCGAAAUCGGAUGGGAGAUGAUUGGAUGAAUGAUUGUUUAGUUCCUUAUAUAGAAAGUGAUGUGUUUGAUGGCAUUGACGAUGAGUUAAUUAUUCAACACUUUCAAAAUAUGCAAGCACGUCGAGGACAACUAUAGAGGUAUCGCCUGAUUGUGGAUCGAACCGGAGAGGAUCGUCAGGUCAUCAACCGAACUGGACAGGGGCCGUUAGGUCGUGGAACAGACCAGACAGGGACCAUCAGGUCAUGGACCAGACAGGGGCCGUCGGGUCAUGGACUGGACCGGGACAACCGGGUCAUCGACUGGACCGGACCAGGAUUGCUCAGCCGUCGACCGGAUUGGACAGGGCCCGCCGGGUCAUUGACCGGACUAGUUAGGGAUCGUCGGGUCAUUGACCGAACUAGAUUGGAACUGACACCGGAGUGGCGGAGUGGGACCGGAUCCGCCACUAGGCAUAAGUAUGCAAAUUCAUUGCAGCGGUACUGCAGCAUCCGAUCCGUGUUUUUCUAAAUUUGGAAAACUAGUAAAAGUCACUUCUCCUAUUCAAUAAGAAAAAUAGAGACAUAUCUCAUGUUUUUUGUUUUGGAAAACGAUUUGGUAAACAUGUUUUUUGUUUUCCUUUUUUCAUUUUUCUCAAAAUCUGAAAAAUAUCUAUGUUAGUAAAGAUGUCCUUACUUUUCCAACAAUGGACAAAUCUGUUCUAGGGAAAUAGUAAUUGAUUUGAGUUUGAUUAACAAAUGCAUACGUUAAAAGUAGUGCUUAAAAGGUGUUUUUGCAACAAUACGUGAGCAAUAUGGAAAAUGCAUUCCAAACGUUUGUUGAUUUCUUUGUUGCCAUAAACCUGAUGUGUAUAUGCCUCGAUCACUAAUUAACCUCAAUUGGUUCUUGAUUUUUUUAUGUUGCUGGUCUCUGGUCUGUUUAACAACAUCUUUGUUUCUUAAAACUCGAACCCUGCAAAAAAAAAGAAUUACUACUUGUUUUAGAAUGUGUCAUGCGUCAUGUGUGGUUAAUGUUUUGAAGAAUGUAACAAAGAAUAUAAUAAUUGAUCUGUUGAUUUAAUGCUCAUCAAAACUAUGUGUAAGAAAGUAUAAACAUGCCACUUGCUCUGAACAUUUAUUCUGGAGAUCAGAUUGAAGUAUUUCAUACGGAGUACGUAGCAGUGAUUUAUACUGGUAAAAAAGUAAUUGUGUUGAUCUGUUGAUUUAAUGCUCAUCAAAACUAUGCUCCUUAUAAUAAUGUCAAUGUUCUUUAAAUCUGUCUAGUGCUACAGUUCACUGCAUGACAAAAACAGAUAUUAGAGGGAUUCCAGAGGAACUCAAUAUUUUGUAGUGCGAAAAAGAAGAAGUUACUGGGCAUUCGUGAAGGAAGUUUUGCGAGUUGCUGAAGGAAGUUACCGGAACAGUUUUCAUCUCUCAAUUACGAAUAUCAUGUGUUGUACACGUGUUAACAGAAUAAUUUUUAUUAACCGUACCAAUUGAUCGAUGCCAUAAUUACUUAUGUGGGUGCCGGGUGCCCAAUUAAUUCUAGGCGGGAACAAUUUUGUUCUCACGAUUCGCUUUAUAUAUAUACUAGUUUUUUACAUGCGUAAA